GUGAUUGGUCGGGGCGAAAUGGGCCACAUCCCGGAACUGUAAGCUUGUUCAGCAGUCGACAAGGGAAGCUUUAUUUGUGUUUGGCCGGCCGGAGAGUCUGUACGUCUGCGGGGCAGUUAACACAUUUAGUCCGUCUAAUAUGGAGGACCUGGAAGAAGAGAAUUUUACCCUGUCAAUAUCAUCCCCCAAGGAUGCGGAAUUUGACUGUGUGGUCGGGCACCUGGAGGAUAUCAUAAUGGAUGACGAGUUCCAGGUACUACAGAGAAAUUUUAUGGAAAAGUAUUACCAAGAAUUUGAAGACACUGAAGAAAAUAAGCUUACAUACACACCGAUAUUUAAUGAAUAUAUCAGUUUAGUGGAGAAAUUUAUUGAAGAGCAGUUGAUGGAGCGGAUUCCAACAUUUAACAUGAGCGCCUUCAUCUCCUCCCUGCAAUCCCACCGUCAGGAAAUGGCAGGGGACAUAUUUGACAUACUGCUGACUUUCACAGAUUUCCUGGCUUUCAAGGAAAUGUUCCUCGACUACAAAGCUGAAAAAGAAGGAAGAGGACUCGAUCUGAGCGGUGGCUUAGUGGUGACGCCACUAUUCAACUCUUCAGUAUCUUCAUCGUAGAGACACUAUGUGGUCUCGUAUAUUUAUCUACCUUUUAUACCAGGCACCAUUUGUUCUUUUGUCCAUCUUUUAACUGUUUUCCCUCAAAUUUACCAGGAACCAAUUACUGUCAUCGUAUGGAGUAUUAAGAGCAUUACAAUACGCACCCCCUAAGGGUACCGUGUCUAAACCUUUUCCUGUACGAAUGGUACUCUUUCUGGAAAUGUUACACAUAAUGUGUUGCUGUUGUGUUUGUACGUUCGUUCAGAUACAGUAUUGAUUUUAUCAUUUGCAUCAAAUGUACAGUAAAAUUCUCCCAGUAUGUAAAUGUUUUUUUCAAGCCGACCAUAGAAGUGAAAUGGGAACUGACCAUUAAUAA